AUGAUUCAUGGCUUCUUUCGGAAAUUACUAUCAAAGGACGAAAAAUCUAAAACUUUAAAAGCAGUCGACGAAUCGGAAAUAUGUGUAGUGAAUGUAAAAACGCUAAGAUGUCCAAUAUGCCUAGGAAUUUAUCGUGGAAUUCCAAAAACAUUAACAUGUGGUCAUACAUAUUGUCAUAAAUGUAUUGAAGAUGCCGCACAUGCCGAAUUUAUAAAUGAUCCUCGAGAACGCAACCGAAAUAUUUUAUGUUGCCCAAUAUGCCGAAAACGCUCAUGCACAUCGAAAAGCGUCAACAACUAUUCCUUGAAAAGCGUCCUAGAUAGUAUCAACGAAAUGGCAGAAGAAGAGGAGAAAUCGCGAAAAGCUUUUGAUAACACCGUCCAGACAUCGAACGAGCAGCUUCGAUUCAAAUGCUCUGAACUCGAGCAGACUGUGAAUCAACUACGACGAGAAAUCUGUGAAAUGCGACAGAAAGAAAAGCAUAACUAUGUAGCCAUAUCGUUCUUCUUUAUUGUAUAUAUUCUGCUUUCAACUUUAUUUGGGAACUAG